AUGGUGUCUAUUCAGUGGAUAUCAAAACAGAAUAACGCUCCUGACUGGCCGCCCUCCGUGCGGGCCGGCGCGCCCCGCUGCGGGCUGUGCGGGAGGCCGCUGGCGCACCUGGUGCAGGUGUACUGCCCGCUGGAGGGGUCCCCCUUCCACCGCCUCGCCAACGUCUUCGCCUGUGCCGGGAGGAGCUGCUGGGGCGCGCCCCGCAGCUGGAAGGUGCUGCGCUCCCAGUAUUUGCAGACGCAAGAAAAGGCAGCAGAAGAUCACAGUGUAAAACAGAAACAAGCACCAAACUUUGCUGCAAAGGACUGGUGUGAUGAAGCAGAUGACUGGGAAGCCUGUGAUGGAGCAGAAUAUCCAGGAUGUGUCUCCCUUCAGCUGCUUGGCUUAAAUGAAGCGGGGAGCAGCUCCUUGUCCAGAGAGGUGGAGUGUGCGUCCCAGUUCCAACAGCUUCAUUUGUCAGAACCUAUGGAUGGGUCAGAUUUCCUGAAUACACAUCCUCCAGUCAGCGAGGGAAUGGGAAUGGCAUCGUCUGAUUCAGCUCCUGUGUUCCAGCCCUUUUACAUUAGUGUUGUGGAUGAGGAUGACUACACUGGUUUCCAUGAUACAGAUCAUGCAGAUAAGCUGUUGAAGGAGUAUCAGCAGAGAGAGGGGGUUGAUUUGCAACAGUUGAUGUCAGAAAGUUUUGCAGGCGAAGGUGAUAAUGAAAAAUAUGAGAAGAGUGAAAUCAAAAGCAUGGACCACACAUUCCAUAAAUUUAUGAAAAGAAUAUCUGUGUGUCAUGAACAGAUUCUAAGAUACUCUUGGGGUGGCCAGCCUUUAUUCAUAACAUGUCCUCCAGCCAACAUUAACCAAGGUAUUCCAGCCUGCAGUAACUGUGGAAGCAAGAGAGUAUUUGAAUUUCAGCUCAUGCCUGCGCUGGUCAGCAUGCUCCAGAGUGAUUCAGAUUUGUCAGUGGAAUUUGGAACUGUUAUAGUUUACACAUGUGAGAGGAGCUGUUGGCCAGCAAAUCAUCAAACCCCACUUGAAGAAUUUAUUUUUGUACAAGAAGAUCCCGAUCAGAGAUUAUUUAAAUAAAUUGUAUUUCUCUGCAUAGAUGAAA